GUCCUUACAUCUGAAAUACAUUCUCAUCCACCUCCUGACAACUGGAAGAUAUUUGGUUUCAUCAUGAUUGUAACUACUAAAUCUAGAUUACAGUGGGAGAACAGAAUUUAUAUACUUCAUACUGAAGUAAGUGCAAUAACUCACUUUGAAGACAAAUGUGUAUUAUUUAUACAUAUAGCAACAGGAGAAGCUGAUUCGUUAGAAAAAAGAUCUUCACAUACCAUUUCACAGUUUUGUGUAGCAGAAGAAGAGAACUCUAGUAUACUUCCGCAAAAGAAUGAGACCUCACUUGCCAGAGAGAAAACUGCACAAUUUGAUGCUUUACAACAUGAUGGUGCCAUUUAUAAGUUCAGUGACAGUGAUGGAGACAAUGAUAUAAAUACUUUUAAAGAUGGUGUUAUGAUUGAAAAAAAUAGAAAUGAAUUUCAAGAUGUGCAAAAAAUUGACUCUGAGCUAGAAGAUACACCUGGUCUGGCAGGAGAGGGUCAAUACAGCAAAAAGGACUUUCUGUUUGGCAAGGAGCUGGAUUUUACCAGUGAACCAAGGACAGCAUCUGUCAUGACCUUGACUUUCCAUCAUGUAGGACCAACAGAUGAAGAUGCAUUGCUAAUGCAUAGGUGCUUACUGAGAUGGUAAAGAAGUUAGUGCAGCUACCAGCUGUGCAACCAAUGACCACUUCCACAUCAGAUGUCAAGAUGGUAAGGGUACAAUCAUGAAUCACCAAAAACAAAAAGGAAUUAUGGUUGUCUGGUCGUGGGGAACCCCUACUUAUUUACUUCAGUACUAGACACCAAUGCCAUCAGAUGCGAGCUCACUUCCAUUGGGACCAUAUCCCCAAGCAAAAAAAAUCCCUUCCAGAUUUGAAGUCACCUCAAAAGGUUUUCUCGAUGCUGGGGACAGAGAAGAAAGAUGUCUGUUGAUUGUAAUUUGAAACUUACUGCCAUGGAAGCAAUGAUAACCACCACUCCAGGCCCAUGUGCCCACCGCGGGAAAACAAACCCCAGAAUUUAACUUUGUAAGUCCGUAAACAUAUCCCUGUCCCACAUAUCUCUUAUGUGUUAUGAGAAGUCUGCUAGUUGUAUGCUGACUUUGGCAGCCCAGGCAAAGGUUCAAGAAGCCAUCAAACUUAUGAGGGCAGCAAACUGAAGCACAACUCCUGCACUUAGGAAUCUGCUGGAAAUGCUAAAGUAGGAGCAAGGUGGUCCAGCAACAUGGUGGACAAUCUUGCCCCUACUUUAGCCCUAUGUAAG